UUUUAACCCAUGGAGGUGUCUAUAAUAAAUGUCUUAUUUUCCUUGCAGCCUUGUUUUAAAAGAAGAAGCAUCUGAUUACCUUGAAUUGGAUACAAUUAAAAAUCUUGUCAAAAAAUACUCCCAGUUCAUAAACUUUCCUAUUUAUGUAUGGAGCAGCAAGACAGAAACUGUUGAGGAACCCAUGGAUGAAGAAGAAGCAGCAAAAGAAGAAAAAGAAGAAUCUGAUGACGAAGCUGCAGUAGAAGAAGAAGAAGAAGAAAAGAAACCAAAAACGAAAAAAGUUGAAAAAACUGUCUGGGACUGGGAACUCAUGAAUGAUAUCAAACCAAUAUGGCAGAGACCAUCAAAAGAAGUAGAAGACGAUGAAUACAAAGCUUUUUACAAAUCAUUUUCAAAGGAAAGCGAUGACCCCAUGGCUUUUAUCCACUUUACUGCCGAAGGGGAAGUUACCUUCAAAUCAAUUUUGUUUGUACCCACAUCUGCUCCACGUGGUCUGUUUGACGAAUAUGGAUCUAAGAAGAGCGAUUACAUUAAGCUGUAUGUGCGCCGAGUAUUCAUCACAGACGACUUCCAUGAUAUGAUGCCCAAGUACCUUAACUUUGUCAAGGGUGUUGUGGACUCAGAUGAUCUCCCCUUGAAUGUUUCCCGUGAGACUCUUCAGCAACACAAACUGCUUAAGGUGAUUAGAAAGAAGCUUGUCCGUAAAACUCUGGACAUGAUCAAGAAGAUCGCUGAUGAGAAAUAUAAUGAUACUUUUUGGAAAGAAUUUGGUACCAACAUCAAGCUUGGUGUGAUUGAAGACCACUCAAAUCGAACACGUCUUGCUAAACUUCUUAGGUUCCAGUCUUCUCAUCAUCCAAGUGACAUUACUAGUCUAGACCAGUAUGUGGAAAGAAUGAAGGAGAAACAAGACAAAAUCUACUUCAUGGCUGGGUCCAACAGAAAAGAGGCCGAAUCUUCUCCAUUUGUUGAGCGACUUCUGAAAAAGGGCUAUGAAGUGAUUUACCUCACAGAACCUGUGGACGAAUACUGCAUUCAGGCCCUUCCUGAGUUUGAUGGGAAGAGAUUCCAGAAUGUUGCCAAGGAAGGAGUGAAGUUUGAUGAAAGUGAGAAAACUAAAGAGAGUCGUGAAGCAACUGAGAAGGAAUUUGAGCCCCUGCUCAAUUGGAUGAAAGAUAAAGCCCUCAAGGACAAGAUUGAAAAGGCUGUGGUGUCCCAGCGCCUGACAGAGUCUCCUUGUGCUCUUGUGGCCAGCCAGUACGGGUGGUCUGGCAACAUGGAGAGAAUCAUGAAAGCACAAGCCUACCAAACAGGCAAGGACAUCUCUACAAAUUACUAUGCCAGCCAGAAGAAAACAUUUGAAAUUAAUCCCAGACAUCCACUGAUCAGAGACAUGCUUCGACGAGUUAAGGAAGACGAAGAUGACAAAACAGUUGCAGAUCUUGCCGUGGUUCUAUUUGAAACAGCAACCCUGCGGUCAGGAUAUCUUUUACCAGACACUAAAGCAUAUGGAGAUAGGAUAGAAAGAAUGCUUCGCCUCAGUUUAAACAUAGACCCUGAUGCAAAGGUCGAAGAAGAACCCGAAGAAGAACCUGAAGAAACAACCGAGGACACCACGGAAGACACAGAGCAAGACGAGGAAGAAGAAAUGGAUGUCGGAACAGAUGAAGAAGAAGAAGAAACAGCAAAGAAAUCUACAGCUGAAAAAGAUGAAUUGUAAGUUAUACUCUCACCAUUUGGAUCCUGCGUGGAGAGGGAAUGUGAAAUUUAAGUCAUUUCUUUUGGGAGAGACUUGUUUUGGAUGCUUACCCCAGCCCCCUUCUCCCGUGCACUGUAAAAUGUUGGGAUUGUGGGUCACAGGAAGAAGAGGGUUUUUUAGUUGAAUUUUUUUUAACAUUCCUCAUGAAUGUAAAUUUGUACUAUUUAACUGACUAUUCUUGGUGUAAAAUCUUGUCAUGUGUAUAAAAAUAAAAAAGAUCCCAAAUA